AUGCGACGCGGCGUGGAGCUGCCGUCGUAUCGCAUCGCAUCGCAUCGCAUCACAUUGCAGCCACCCCACCCCACACCACCCGAUAGAGCCGAUCCAUUUCCAAUCGCAAAGUCUUCGACCAUUGAGCAGCAGUAUUGUCAUCCCCACCGACGCUUCUCGCGCGCGGACCGAUUCAUCUACCAAGCGAGCUCUCGACCAUCCUCUCCUCCACCUGAUCCUACAUCCCAAGAACCAACCCCGAAAGAAGCCGCAACGAUGAGCAAGCCCGACCUCGUCUACGCCGACGAACGGCGCUUCCUCGAUGAGCGCGGUUCCUCAGCCUCGCUUGCGCCUAAUGGCGAGAACCCCGCCACGAUCAUGGAGAAGGCCGUACGCGAACGAAUCGUCGACUCGUAUUUUUACAAGGAGCAGUGCUUCGCAGUCAACGAGGCCGACAUCGUCGACCGCGUCGUCGAGCACGUCACCUUUGUCGGCGGCACCUACGGCGUCACCCAGAAGCCUACGCCGUUCCUGUGCCUGGCCUUCAAGCUGCUGCAGCUCGCGCCCUCGGACGACGUGCUCGAGGCCUACCUCGGCCUCGGCGGCGAGAAGUUCAAGUACCUGCGAGCGCUGGCGUGCUUCUACGUCCGCAUGACGAGGAAGGCUCGGGAUGUCUACCUCCUGCUCGAGCCAUUCCUCGAGGACCGGAGGAAGCUGAGGCGCAAGGGCCGCCAGGGGACGAGCCUGACGUACAUGGACGACUUCGUCGACGACCUGCUGACCAAGACGAGGGUCUGCGCGACGAGCUUCAGGGAGCUGCCCAAGAGGUCCGACCUGGUGGACCUGGACGAGCUGGAGGAGAGAAUCAGCCCGUUGGGGGACAUCGACGAGCUGCUGGAGGAGGAGGACGAGAGGGAAGCGAAGGAGAGAGAGGAGGCUGACGCGAGAGAUAACGGCGCGGACGAUUCGGAGGGAGAGAUUGUCGAGGACAGGAGCGGCGACGGCGAGCCGAUGGACGUGGAGAGGCGGUCAAGAUCGCGGUCAGGACCACGGUCGCAGUCGAGGUCGCGUUCGAGGUCACGAAGCAGACAACGGUCCCCUUGAGCGAGCGACGGUGGCCGAUUCAUGAUACCCAGCAUGCCGCAUCCCGAGCGGGCAGCAUGUGAAUACAUAAUGGAGAGAAAGACCAAAACACCUUUUUUUUGCAACCUGUGUCUCUGACUUUGUCUUAUCGAACAUCAUGGGUAUAUUUUGUUUGCAAUCCUAUUGUACAGCUUACAACCGACGGCCUUUUCACCGUCUGUGCGGCUCUCUUACAAGUUACAAACGCUUGCUGCGCAGGUGGCAGGUAGUAACUCGUUGCCGCACCC